AUGCGAAUUUCUAUAGCCCUCAUAUGGCCCUGUGCGUUUGUUAUACUCUGCGCAUGUACCGCAGACGUUGGUCCAAAUGCUGUUGCUCGCCGGCAGGAAGUUGAGGCAACAAUUCCUGAAACCAGCCCAUCUUCUACCUCGAACGAGCCAUCGGAGACCCAGGAGACAUCCACGUCAAGGUUUUCAACUAGUACGGGAGCAGCGACAUCUGCGAUUGAUACCGGAAAUGCUGCAUCAUCCUUUUCAACAUCCACAAGCACCAAUGCGGUACCUUCGGCCACUUCUACAGUCAAUGGACCAGUUCAGACAUCAUCGAAUGUCACGGACGUUGCAGAAGGGAAGCAUCCAGGCGGACUGCCACUGCCGCCAAAAAUAACCCCUGUCCUUUCAAUUGCUGGCGUCUUCCUCAUCGUUGCUGGAUUUACAUAUACCUUGAUCGGUAUAAAGAAUAGAUGGAUACAGAUCUUCUUGUCUUCGGCGUUCCUGACGAGCUUGUCAGUGACAGUACUUGUGGUCUAUGUCAUGAAUCCGCCUGUACGUAUGGCCGUUCAGGGGGCCUAUCUUGUGGCAGCAUUCAUGACAGGUGUGAUCUUUGGCGCUGGCUCUCUGAUUUUCAAGGAAGUCACAGAAGGUCUGGGCUGUCUUUUGGGAGGCUUCUGCCUCAGCAUGUGGCUUCUCGCGUUGAGGCCUGGGGGCACCGUCUCUUCCACGGAGGGCAAGGUGGUUUUGAUCGCGGCAUUCAGCACCACUGUCUACGCCUUGUCCUUCAGUCGCUACACUCGUCCGUAUGGCCUUAUCGGUGCCACGUCUUUCGCUGGUGCAACCGCGGUUGCCCUAGGCCUCGAUUGCUUCAGCAGGGCUGGCUUGAAGGAGUUCUGGCUCUACAUCUGGAAUCUCAACGACAACCUGUUUCCACUCAACACAAACACCUAUCCUAUUACCCGCGGCAUGAGGGUGGAACUUGCAUUUAUAGUUUUGAUCUGUUUCCUAGGAGUGAUAUCGCAGCUCAAGCUAUGGAGAGUCGUGAAAGAUAGGCGAGAGAAAAGGGAUGCAGACCGCUUAGAGAACGAAAGAGAACGCAAUCAGAUGGAAGAAGCGAUUGGACGUCGUUUGGAAGAAGGAAAUGAAAGAGAAAGGGCGCAAUGGGAAGCUGUGUACGGGGAUCAGGAAGCGAGCAAGCAUACCGCAGCCAUCGACUCUGGCUUAGAAACCGAGGAGGAUAACAGUCUGCAGAAGGCGUCUGUGAGCGUUCGAGAAGUUGAAGGAUCCAGCGCCCCAGCGGAAGUCAUGAACGACAAGGAUGCGGCAAAAAUUCCUGUUGGUGUUUGGCAGGAGAAGUCGUCAAGUUCUCGACCUAAUCCUAAUUCUUUCCAGCAUGCUGGCGAUUCUCUUGAUGACAGCACCAAUGCCCCAAACACAGUCAACACAAAGGAAGCUGAAUUAUUGCACUCGCCACUUUCACCUAUACUGCAACGGCCUUUUGCCAUCUCUUCAGCUAAGAAGCCUGGAGCCCACGUGCGCGUGGAGAUAAUAUCUGACGACAAUGAAAAUCUAAUGUUCACAUCUCUAGGUGACGAGGACGAUAUGAACCCUGGUGGCUUUUAUAGCAAGGACUCAUCAUUGGCUGCAACAGUCGAUGAAGAACGAGAAGAGCUAAUUUCCCUUAGCUAUGGCCAGGAACAUGCCAUUCCCUUUGAGAACAAAAGCGCAGCAGAAGUAGAUAUACUACCCGACGUCGUGAUUACGCCAUUUUUUGAUUCGUUGCAGCCUCUCGAAGAUGUAAAAGCUAGUCUAGCCGACAUUCCCAGAUCAACAGCAGAUGACUCUGAUCCUGAAGAGUUUCAACGUCCUGCGGUAGUAUCACCCGAGCCUCAAACCAGCAAAGCACUCUUUCCCUCGAACCACAAUGACGCCAGGUUCAAACAAGCCACAACGUCUCCCCACUUGCGCUCGAGCGUACCAGAGUCACGAACAGACGACAGUCAAGCGCAAGAUAUUACACCAAAAUCAAACGAAGCAUUGUCAAUCGAUGCAGUUUCAAACACAGAGUCUCUAACGAAAGGGGCUCUGGAUAAAGUUCCCAGCCAGCUCUCACAUGUUGUGUUGUCGUACCGUACCAACGAAUGGGCAAAACAUAUUUCUACAGCGGAUGAGCCUGAAUUUGACAAGCUAGAGGUUAGCACAGAGGACGCAGUGGCUGAAGUCCCUGCACACCUGGUCGAGCAACCUGCGCCGGUCCAUGCUGAAAAGGUGCAACGGAUCGCAAAGACCAUGGCCAUUUCCCCAAUGCUUGCGCAAGAUGAAUCUUGCGCUCCGGCACCAUCGAAGCUCACCCCUAUAGUUUCAGGUAAAUCCAAUGCAUCAAGCUCAACCGUGCCAUCGGGCCGUUCGUCUUUGGACAGCCCAGUCCACCCAGAUGGAUUCCAGGCAUCGAGCUCGCAACUGAGGCAAAAGAGCGAAUCUGCAGCAGGACUAACGGAGUCUGCUUCUGCCGCCUCUCUACUUCCUCCGCCUGGAGCACGUGCUCUCCGAAGUUGCUCGACUUCCAUGCCAGGUCAUAACCUGAAAACUUCUCCUAUUGAUGAAAACGUAGAGGCUGAGUUUCGGGUUUCAGCAUCCUGUGGCUCGCUGGCACCCUUAGCUGGCUCGACUCUGCUGGCACAGCGAGACAGCCUCCUACGGAACAAACACUCAUUUAUUACGAAGAGCACAGCCAUGCCACCCGAUAUCACGCAUGCGCACCCACCUUUUCGAUCCUCCUCCCGCCUCAGCUUGAUAGAGGAAGCCCAACCACGAUCUGUCAGUCCGCUCAGCAAUCUAGACAACGUGGAAGCGCAAGAGCCAUUACGUUCUGCCAGUCGUUUGACUUUGUUAGCUCUCAAUGACGAUGACAUGCCACUCUCGCAGCGGAAAGCUCUCAUGCAACAAAAACCCGGAACUCUACUUCCCGAAACCCGGUUGGGGGCGGCAAACAAUCUUGACGCACACCUUCCGCAGUGGUCGUCCGUAGCCAUGACCCCGCAAAAGCGUGAGUCUAUGCUUGCAACAUGGAGACAAUCGAUGCGACAAGAAAUGGCGUUGACCUCUGUCCCCACAGAGGCUGUUGAAACCCGAAGGGCCGAGAUGUUGAUUGAGAAGCGCCAGUCUAAGAUGAGCCGUGACUACUCAGAAGCAACCAAAGUACACCAAGAAAAUGCAUUUGCUGAGGCAGUAAGAAGCGGUGAUAUGCAGGAUUUGCAUAAAGAAGCGCUGAGAAAGAUGCAGGCUAAUGCCAAUAAACACAUCUCUUAG